UAUAUGCUGGACUUAAUUGUUAAUUCUGGUCCUGAUAUAAACAAUGUAAAUGGUAAAUUGUCGAAGUUUCUAGAUGAAAAACCAAUUUAGUCUAGCACUAUAAUUAUGAUACAAACCAUGUAAUUGGGUAAAUUUGAUCCAUGAAUGUGUUCUCGUCUACUUACGCCGCAGCGUAUACAUAUUCAUCAGUGCAGAGCACGCAACCAAAAUGAAACGUGUGCAUAGGCUUUUUCGGUGUUUUGUGCGGUUUUUUAUUAUCGCAUCCUGGCUCGUAUUCAAACCCGUACAAUGUGACCAGCAACAAGUCCCUGUCCACUAUCCCAAUCGCAUCGUCUUCACGAAUGAAUCGAGACCGUUCACCAUACGAGUGACCCGGUUCAUCUGUACGGAAACGCCAUACGAAGUGUCGGAGCUGUUGCAGUGCAAAACUAUACUGCGCCGAAAUAGUCCAACAUACUUGAACUUAACGAUACACGUACCGAAGGUGUUGAACGUCGUGUAUUUCCAGAACCGAACUUACAAUGUCGCUUACUGGCUGGAGGAUAAAUUCUUUCCCAAGUCGGUGCCAGCCGGAGACUAUCGACAGGACGUUUGGUUUCGUGAUGAGCUGAACAAAACACUAUUAUCGUAUCAAGCUUACUUUUCUGUUCGCCGCAGGGGUGUAUGGAAAUCUUUGAUCGAGUGGUAGAGCCGACAAAUGAUGUGUGAAAGCGAUAGAAAGCGAAAUGUAUCGUAGUAAAUACACAAUUAUGCAUCCGGACAGUCAGCUUCUAAUCAAUGCAAGAUGUUGUAUAUUUUGCUAACACCAACAAGCUGAAGCAAAUGUUUAAAUAAUGUUCUCAUUUUAUUACAAUAGUAAAGAAAUCCUACUGAUACUGUGUUAUAUUCUAUUUUUGACCCAAUCAACAUAAUCGAUAUGCUUUCUCGCUCUGUUCAGUUUGAGGGACUGUUAGAUAGAACAAGAAAGAAUGGUAAUUUUUUGCCUGGAAAACUAUCUACCGUUCCAGAUCAUUGAAAAAUAUAUGUGAAUUAUGCCGAUGAUUAGAUUCGCACAGUUAGUAAAUAUAAACGCAUUGGUAAUGUUUUGGACAGUACUUAAUUGAGGAUUAUUUGUUGAGCUAUCGUGAAAAUCGUACCGAUUAUUUUGCUAUUCUUGUUGUUUUUGUGUGUAUUUAUAUACUUGAAAUGUUCAAGCCAGAUAUUCUAUUUUUUACAAAAAGAAUUGCCGUAGUGUCAAUUUCACUUCAUGAGAUUUGAUACAAUUAUUCACGCUUGGUAGUAUAUUUUUAGCAGAA